AAAAUAAAUAAUAGAUAUUAAAAUUAUAAUAAUUAUAAUAAUUCAUAUGAAUACAGUUUCAUAUGACAAAGAAUUAAAAACCAAAUACGGGAAUGUUGUACCUCCAGCAAAAUCUUUACUUGAUACCACAGAAUUUUAUGAUAACCAAGAAAAAAAUAGAUUAAGCAAUUAUACAGACUCGCAAAUAUUGCCUCUUAUUAAUGAACAGGAUGACAUAGGAAUGCAAUAUCUUAGUUCUAAUGCCGUGUUUGAUUCGAAAGAAUAUGAAAUACUAUCAUUAGAGGAUGUGGAAAAAUUAAAAAAAGAAAAACAUGUAUUACUUAAUAGAAUAGAAACAGUACGGAGGACAUUGGCUUUGGAAUCAAAACUUCGAGAAGCUGCACAAUCUUUAUCGCGUCUUCAUUCUAACAGAGGAAAACGAAUAUCGCGUCAAGUUGAAGACCAACUACUUAUUUCAAAUAGCAAAAUCGAAGAAGCGGCAGAAGAACUAUGGCGUCUUCAGAAAAAUGAACACGAAAUUUCUAUUCGGUUAUUGAAACAUACAGCUGGAGUAUUAAGAUAUGCUUUGGAAAAGCAUACAAUGAGUGGACAUGUUUCUAAUCUUCUUCAAGAAAAAAAACCUAUAGAUUUAUAUGAUUUUGGGGAGCUUCAUUUUUAUAGAUCUAUCAAUAAUGCAGAACUUUCAGAGAACACAGAAUCUAGAAAAAAUAAAAUAAACGAUAACAUAUCAUAUACUUUAGCUGAAAUCCAAAAACGUCUUACAAUAUCAAAUAACCAAUUAAAAUCCUUUUUAGCUGGAGGGAAACAUAUUAAUAAUCAAUAUACAGAAAAUCAAUUACAUCUUAAUUAUAAUUCAAUAGAUGUUCUAGAAAUUUUGUCAGAAUUAGAAGAUACUAUAUGUAAUGUACACCAACAAUAUUUAGAACUUAAAGAGGCAUCAUUACUUCAAAUAGCAGAGUUCCAAAAAAAUUAUAAAUAUAUAUGGGAUAAAACAGAUAUCGAAGAUUGUCCAAUAAAAAGCUAUUCAAUAGAACAUGGACAAUUCUCGAUAGAUAGUUUGAUAUCUCGAGUAGAGUUACUUACUUCGGAAUUAUCUAAAAGCAAAAAAAUGUAUAAAAAUUUACUUGAAAAAGAAAAAGUCCAAGAAGAAAACAAUAUGACAGCUAUAAAUUCAUUAAAACUGGAAUAUGAAAAUAAAAUUAACGAUUUGGACAUAGAUCUUUCAAAAGCUAAAAAAACCAUUGGAGAAUUCGUUGUACGUGAAUCAUCUAUAUCAUCCGAACUAUAUGAUGCAAAUGAAAAAAUAUCUGAAUAUCAGCAAAUAAUAGAUUCAUUGAACAAAGAAAUAGAGAUUACUAAGCAUGACAAAGAAGAUGAUUAUAAGAAAUGGAAGGAUGAUCGGGAAAAUCUAGAAAAUAUAAUAGAAGAUUAUGCUAAGCAAUUUAAAGAUAACGAAAUUAAAUUUCAAGAACUUAAUGAUAAUUACUCUAACCUUUCAAAAUCCCAUUCAGAUUCUUUAUCCGAUUUUCAAAAAAAGAUUAAACAAAAAGAAUCAACCUUAGAAUUAUUACAAGAUGAAAUCUCUAAAUUACGAAACAUUAAUGCAAUACUUGAGGAAAAAAUACAAUCUCUUCACUCUCAAUACAAAGAUGAACAGCUAACAUAUGAAAAUAAAGCAAACGAAACAAUAAAGAAUCUCGAAAACGAUAUUGUUAAAUUGUCAACUGAGAUAACUAUAUUAAAAACAGAAAUUGAUACUAUAUCCAAUUCAAAGCAACAAGAAAUAGAAAAAACUAUGAUUACACAAUUUGAAAAUGAAAAUAAUUAUAUAAAUGAAGAAACAGAAAUAUUUGAAUCAUCAAAAUCAUUACAAGAAAAUAAUUUAUUGGAAAUAACGGAAAAAAAUAAAAUGAUGUCAGAGAAAGAAAUUAAUCUAGAAAAGCGCUGCCAACUUCUUCAAUCGGAACUUAAUGGAAUGUUGAAUGAUUUUGAACAAAUUACACGGAAUAUGUUAGACUUUGAAUCGGAAAGAACCCAUCUUGAAAACACUAUCGAUACCUUAAAAGAAAAAUGUGAAGAACUUGAAGGUCGAUUAUCUGAUAAAAAAAUACAAUGGCUUGGAAAAGAAAAUCUUUCGCCUAAAAAAUCGAACACAGAACAUGAUGAAGCAAUGAACAUUGCAUUACUUCGAAAAGAAUUCCGAAAAAUGGUACAAGAAAUAAGAGAAGAACAUUCAAAGAAAAUGAAGGCAGAGUUGGAAGAACGACGUAAAAUUGAAAAUGCUCUUCGUCAACUAAAAAAAGAUAUGAUACAAAACAAUCAUAUAUAGUAUCUAUGAUAUAUUCAAAUGCUAAGGAACAGUGUAUAUUCAUAAA